AUGUUUACAACAGCACUUGCGGCGACCGUUAACGGACAUCAGAGCGUGCUGCUUGACUCGCGAGACGACGCCACAGACGUGGCCGUACUAGCAGGGACUGAUGGAAACUCAGCAGACCUCAUAAUAAGCAGCGGGACGCUGGAGCUAAGCCGGGGUGACGGGCUCAAGAUUAUCGACCGACCGUCGGUCCAGCAGCGCAGGAAGAAGCCCUACGCGGAGCGCGACAACUGCGCGUGUUGUGUUUCCCAACACGCAUGGCUUGCGGUGCCGGUGGCGGAUACGGACGCUGACGAUGAUGAGGUUGACGAUGAUGAGGUUGACGAUGAUGAGGUUGACGAUGAUGAGGCUGACGAUGAUGAGGCUGACGCUGAUGAGGCUGACGAUGAUGAGGUUGACGAUGAUGAGGUUGACGAUGAUGAGGCUGACGAUGAUGAAGCUGACUCUGAUGAGGCUGACGAUGAUGAGGCUGACGAUGAUGAGGCUGACGCUGAUGAGGCUGACGAUGAUGAGGCUGACGAUGAUGAGGUUGACGAUGAUGAGGCUGACGAUGAUAAGGCUGACGAUGAUGAGGCUGACGCUGAUGAGACUGACGCUGAUGAGGCUGACGAUGAUGAGGCUGACGAUGACGAGGCUGACGAUGAUGAGGCUGACGAUGAUGAGGCUGACGAUGAUGAGGCUGACGAUGAUGAGGCUGACGAUGGGCAACGAAUCACUGUUAAAAAUUCCAGACACGCACUUCACUCGAGGCUGGCGAGGGUCUGGGGACACGCUGAGCACGACAACCUCACCGUACCAGAGCAGAGCGCGCACUGA